AUUUAUCGAAUGAAUGGUAUAUCGAUGCCAGAUUAGGAGAAAAACAUGUCAGUCGAUCAACAUCUAUUACAGCACUUUUCCGAAAAGGCAUUCCCCUUGUUACAACAAUGUCUAUUACGGGCCAUAAAAGUGAAUCUUCGUAUAGAAUUUAUGCACGCCCAUCAAAUAAACAAAAGAAAGAAACAUUAUCUCAACUAAUCAAUAGUGUAGGAACAUUACCUUCAUCAAAUGAUCAAUUCCUUCAAGCAACACCACCAAUUAAAGAUAAAUCUUCUUUAACUAAACCUUUCCGUCAACCUCUUUCAACAAAAAAUCUUCCAUUAUAUAUUAAUACAUCUAAACCUGUGCUUACUCUUGGUG